GGACCUAAUGUUUCCCAACUUGAAAGAGAAAUUGGAGCUGAUAAACUGCCUCCAAACGAACGAUACUUUGGACUUGUCAACUUUGGAAACACCUGCUAUUGCAAUUCAGUUAUUCAGGCUCUCUUCUUCUGUAAACCCUUCCGUGAAAAAAUUCUCCAAUAUAAACAGCUUAAUAAAAGUCAAAAAAAGGAAACACUAUUGAGUUGUCUGGCAGAUCUAUUCUCCACAAUCGCCUCUCAAAAAAAAAAGGUUGGACAUAUUCCUCCUAAAAAAUUCAUACAGAGGCUUAAACGUGAGAAUGGUGCGUUGUCAAAAUUUAAUCUUUUUGUGUCUUAUGAGAAGGUUUUCGACAAUUAUUUGCAACAAGAUGCUCACGAAUUUUUAAAUUACUUACUCAAUGAAAUCGCCGACAUUCUCCGAUGUACUGAAAAACAUAGUUCUAAUGAUUAUGACGAUAUGCGAGCAGACAGGAAUUUUGACGAUAAAAAGAAAGAAGUAGAUAAUUCACAAACUUGGAUUCAUGAAAUCUUUCAAGGAACGCUUACAAACGAAACUAGGUGUCUCAAUUGUGAAAAUGUAAGGACUAAAGAUGAGGAUUUUUUGGAUUUAUCGGUCGAUGUUGAACAAAAUACUAGUAUAACGCACUGUCUUAAAUGCUUUUCAAACACUGAAACAAUUCAAUCUGACAAUAAAUACUAUUGUGAGGUCUGUUGCUGCAAGCAGGAAGCCCAGAAAAGGUAG